GCAGCAGCAGCAGCCAUGAGCAGCGCCGCUACCGCCACCUCCGCCGCCACCACGGCCGGCAGCGGCGCGGGGGAAGGGGCCGAGGAGGCGGCCAAGGACUCGGCGGACAUCGCGGCGUUCUUCCGAUCCGGGUUUCGCAAAAAUGAUGAAAUGAAGGCUAUGGAAGUAUUGCCAAUUUUAAAGGAAAAAGUUGCAUACCUUUCAGGUGGCAGAGAUAAGCGUGGAGGUCCCAUUCUAACAUUUCCAGCUCGUAGUAAUCACGACAGAAUACGGCAAGAAGACCUUAGAAGACUAAUUUCAUAUCUAGCGUGUAUUCCUAGUGAGGAAGUAUGUAAACGAGGAUUCACCGUCAUUGUAGAUAUGCGUGGGUCAAAAUGGGACUCCAUAAAGCCUCUGCUGAAGAUUUUACAGGAAUCCUUUCCAUGUUGUAUUCAUGUUGCACUGAUAAUCAAGCCAGACAAUUUCUGGCAGAAACAGAGGACUAACUUUGGCAGCUCUAAGUUUGAGUUUGAGACAAAUAUGGUGUCUCUGGAAGGCCUUACCAAAGUAGUUGAUCCUUCUCAGCUAACCCCAGAAUUUGAUGGCUGUUUGGAGUACAACCAUGAGGAGUGGAUAGAAAUCAGAGUUGCCUUUGAGGACUACAUUAGCAAUGCAACCCAUAUGCUGUCCAGACUGGAGGAGCUGCAAGAUAUAUUGUCAAAAAAGGAAAUGCCUCAGGACCUGGAAGGUGCCCGCAAUAUGAUAGAGGAGCAUUCACAAUUAAAAAAGAAAGUCAUUAAGGCCCCUAUCGAGGACCUUGAUGUGGAAGGACAAAAGCUGCUCCAGCGGAUACAGAGCAGUGAUAGCUUUCCCAAAAAGAACUCUGGGUCAGGGAAUGCAGACUUACAGAACCUCUUACCCAAAGUGUCCACCAUGCUGGACAGGCUGCACUCAACACGGCAGCAUCUGCAUCAGAUGUGGCAUGUGCGGAAAUUGAAAUUGGACCAAUGCUUUCAGCUCAGGCUUUUUGAGCAGGAUGCUGAAAAGAUGUUUGACUGGAUCACCCACAACAAAGGUCUGUUUCUGAACAGCUACACAGAGAUUGGUACCAGUCACCCUCACGCGAUGGAACUUCAGACCCAGCACAAUCACUUUGCCAUGAACUGUAUGAACGUGUGUGUAAACAUAAGCCGCAUCAUGUCAGUAGCGAACCGCCUGAUCGAGUCUGGCCAUUACGCUUCACAGCAAAUCAAACAGAUUGCCAGUCAGUUGGAACAGGAAUGGAAGGCAUUUGCUGCAGCCUUGGAUGAACGUAGCACAUUACUGGACAUGUCCUCCAUCUUCCAUCAAAAAGUCGAACAGUACAUGAGCAAUGUGGACUCAUGGUGUAAAGCCUGUGGUGAGGUGGAGCUUCCCUCAGAACUGCAAGAUUUAGAAGAUGCUAUCCAUCAUCAUCAAGGGAUAUAUGAGCACAUUACCUUGGCUUACUCUGAGGUGAGCCAAGAUGGGAAGUCACUCCUUGACAAACUUCAAAGACCUUUGACUCCUGGGAGUUCCGAUUCCCUCACCGCAUCUGCCAACUACUCAAAAGCAGUUCAUCAUGUCCUGGAUGUCAUCCAUGAAGUAUUGCAUCACCAGCGCCAACUGGAAAAUAUCUGGCAGCAUCGAAAGGUCCGCUUGCACCAGAGGCUUCAGCUCUGUGUUUUUCAACAGGAUGUUCAACAGGUUUUGGAUUGGAUUGAAAACCAUGGAGAAGCUUUUCUUAGCAAACACACUGGAGUGGGAAAAUCCCUGCAUCGGGCCAGAGCUUUGCAGAAACGCCAUGAAGACUUCGAAGAGGUUGCGCAGAACACAUAUACGAAUGCAGAUAAGCUCCUAGAAGCAGCAGAACAGCUUGCUCAGACUGGGGAGUGUGACCCAGAGGAAAUUUAUCAAGCUGCCCAUCAGCUCGAGGACCGGAUACAGGAUUUUGUCAGGCGCGUGGAGCAGCGCAAGAUCCUGCUGGACAUGUCUGUGUCAUUUCACACUCAUGUUAAAGAGCUGUGGACGUGGCUUGAAGAGCUACAGAAAGAACUGCUUGAUGAUGUCUAUGCUGAGUCUGUGGAGGCUGUCCAAGACCUGAUUAAACGUUUUGGUCAACAACAACAAACCACUCUGCAGGUUACGGUCAAUGUCAUAAAAGAAGGGGAAGAUCUCAUACAGCAGCUAAGGGAUUCUGCCAUUUCUAGUAACAAGACCCCCCAUAACAGCUCGAUCAACCACAUAGAGACAGUCCUGCAGCAGCUGGAUGAGGCCCAGUCUCAGAUGGAGGAGCUUUUCCAAGAACGCAAGAUCAAACUUGAGCUGUUUCUGCAGCUCCGCAUAUUUGAAAGAGAUGCAAUAGAUAUAAUUUCAGACCUUGAGUCUUGGAAUGAUGAGCUCUCUCAGCAGAUGAAUGACUUUGACACUGAAGAUCUUACAAUAGCAGAACAGAGGCUCCAGCAUCAUGCAGACAAAGCCCUGACCAUGAAUAACUUGACCUUUGAUGUCAUCCACCAAGGGCAGGAUCUGCUGCAGUAUGUCAAUGAAGUGCAGGCAUCUGGUGUGGAGCUGCUUUGCGACAGAGACGUGGACAUGGCCACUCGCGUGCAGGACCUGCUGGAGUUCCUGCACGAGAAGCAGCAGGAGCUGGACGUGGCAGCGGAGCAGCACCGCAAGCACCUGGAGCAGUGCGUGCAGCUGCGCCACCUGCAGGCAGAGGUCAAGCAGGUUUUGGGCUGGAUCCGGAAUGGAGAGUCAAUGUUAAAUGCUGGGCUUAUCACUGCUAGCUCUUUGCAGGAGGCAGAACAGUUACAAAGGGAGCAUGAGCAGUUUCAACAUGCAAUAGAGAAAACACAUCAAAGUGCCCUGCAGGUUCAGCAGAAGGCAGAGGCAAUGCUGCAGGCUAAUCACUACGAUAUGGAUAUGAUCCGGGAGUGUGCAGAGAAGGUUGCUUCUCACUGGCAGCAGCUGAUGCUGAAGAUGGAGGACCGUCUCAAGCUUGUGAAUGCCUCUGUUGCCUUCUAUAAAACUUCUGAACAGGUGUGCAGUGUGCUGGAAAGCCUGGAGCAAGAAUAUAAGAGGGAGGAAGAUUGGUGUGGGGGAGCAGACAAACUGGGUCCCAACUCUGAAACAGAUCACGUUACUCCCAUGAUAAGCAAACACCUGGAGCAGAAGGAAGCCUUUCUAAAGGCCUGCACACUGGCUCGGAGGAAUGCUGAUGUCUUCCUGAAGUAUCUGCACAGGAACAGUGUCAACAUGCCAGGGAUGGUGACACACAUCAAAGCACCUGAACAACAAGUGAAAAAUAUCUUGAAUGAACUCUUCCAGAGGGAGAACCGUGUGCUGCAUUAUUGGACCAUGCGUAAAAGACGUCUUGAUCAAUGCCAACAGUAUGUGGUGUUUGAAAGAAGUGCCAAACAGGCUCUGGAAUGGAUUCAUGACAAUGGAGAGUUCUAUUUAUCCACACAUACUUCCACUGGUUCCAGUAUCCAGCACACUCAAGAGUUAUUAAAAGAACAUGAAGAAUUUCAGAUCACAGCAAAGCAAACCAAAGAGAGGGUGAAGUUGUUGAUACAGCUGGCUGAUGGCUUUUGUGAAAAAGGGCAUGCUCAUGCAACAGAGAUUAAAAAAUGUGUCACAGCAGUGGAUAAGAGGUACAGAGACUUUUCCCUGCGCAUGGAGAAAUACAGGACCUCUUUAGAGAAAGCUCUGGGUAUUUCCUCUGAUUCCAAUAAAUCGAGCAAAAGCUUGCAGCUGGAUAUAAUCCCAGCCAGUGUCCCUGGGUCAGAGGUGAAACUGCGUGAUGCUGCUCAUGAGCUUAACGAAGAAAAACGAAAGUCUGCCCGCAGGAAAGAGUUCAUUAUGGCUGAGCUAAUUCAGACAGAAAAGGCUUACGUAAGAGACCUCCGGGAAUGCAUGGAUACAUAUCUAUGGGAAAUGACAAGUGGAGUCGAGGAGAUCCCGCCUGGUAUUGUAAACAAAGAACACAUUAUCUUUGGAAACAUGCAGGAAAUUUAUGAGUUCCACAACAAUAUAUUUCUCAAGGAGUUGGAAAAAUAUGAACAGUUACCAGAAGAUGUCGGACAUUGCUUCGUUACUUGGGCAGACAAAUUCCAGAUGUAUGUUACCUACUGUAAAAAUAAGCCAGAUUCCACUCAGCUGAUAUUAGAACAUGCAGGAGCAUACUUUGAUGAAAUACAACAACGACAUGGACUGGCCAACUCUAUCUCCUCUUACCUUAUCAAACCUGUCCAAAGGAUAACAAAAUACCAGCUUCUUUUAAAGGAGCUGCUCACAUGCUGUGAAGAAGGUAAAGGUGAGAUUAAGGAUGGCCUGGAGGUGAUGCUUAGUGUGCCAAAGCGAGCCAAUGAUGCCAUGCACCUCAGCAUGCUGGAAGGCUUUGAUGAAAAUAUAGAAUCUCAGGGAGAGCUCAUCCUUCAAGAAUCCUUCCAAGUGUGGGACCCAAAAACUCUGAUUCGAAAGGGAAGAGAGAGGCACCUUUUCCUUUUUGAGAUGUCCUUGGUUUUCAGUAAAGAAGUAAAGGACUCGAGUGGAAGGAGCAAGUACAUCUACAAGAGCAAACUGUUUACUUCUGAACUGGGUGUCACAGAACAUGUAGAAGGAGAUCCCUGCAAGUUUGCUCUGUGGGUUGGAAGGACACCAACUUCAGACAACAAAAUUGUUCUCAAGGCAUCCAGUAUAGAGAAUAAACAGGACUGGAUCAAGCACAUCCGGGAAGUGAUACAAGAAAGGACUAUUCAUCUGAAAGGGGCAUUGAAAGAGCCCAUCCACAUUCCCAAAACUGCACCAACAACAAAACAGAAAGGAAGAAGAGAUGGUGAGGACUUGGACAGUCAGGGAGAUGGCAGCAGCCAGCCUGAUACCAUUUCAAUUGCUUCACGAACCUCCCAGAACACGCUAGACAGUGAUAAGUUGUCUGGUGGGUGCGAGCUGACAGUGGUGAUCCACGACUUCACCGCCUGCAACAGCAACGAGCUGACAAUCCGCCGUGGGCAGACAGUGGAGGUCCUGGAGAGGCCCCAUGACAAGCCCGACUGGUGCCUGGUGCGAACCACGGAUCGGUCCCCGGCUGCGGAAGGCCUGGUCCCCUGCGGGUCCCUCUGCAUCGCCCACUCUCGCAGCAGCAUGGAGAUGGAGGGCAUUUUUAACCACAAAGACUCCCUUUCAGUCUCCAGCAAUGAUGCCAGCCCUCCCGCUUCCGUAACAUCGCUUCAGCCCCACAUGAUUGGCGCUCAAAGCUCCCCGGGCCCCAAGCGCCCUGGCAACACCUUGAGGAAGUGGCUCACCAGUCCUGUGAGGCGCCUUAGCAGCGGCAAGGCAGACGGGCACGUAAAAAAACUGGCCCACAAGCAUAAGAAAAGCAGAGAGGUCCGCAAAAGUGCUGAUGCAGGCUCUCAGAAGGACUCUGACGACAGUGCAGCGACCCCACAAGAUGAAACUGUUGAAGAGAGAGGUCGGAACGAGGGGCUGAGCAGCGGAACUCUCUCCAAGUCAUCCUCUUCAGGCAUGCAGAGCUGCGGAGAGGAGGAAGGCGAAGAGGGAGCAGAUGCUGUGCCGCUUCCUCCUCCCAUGGCAAUUCAACAACACAGUCUUCUCCAGCCAGACUCACAGGAUGACAAGACAUCUUCUCGUCUAUUGGUGCGGCCAACAAGCUCCGAGACACCCAGUGCUGCUGAACUCGUGAGUGCAAUUGAAGAGCUCGUCAAAAGUAAAAUGGCUUUGGAGGACCGUCCAAGUUCCUUGUUGGUAGAUCAAGGUGACAGCAGCAGUCCGUCCUUCAACCCUUCAGAUAACUCCCUUCUAUCCUCCUCAUCACCCAUAGAUGAGAUGGAGGAAAGGAAAUCCAGCUCCUUAAAAAGACGACACUAUGUCUUACAGGAAUUAGUGGAGACAGAGAGAGAUUAUGUGAGAGAUCUGGGCUAUGUAGUUGAGGGUUAUAUGGCACUUAUGAAGGAAGAUGGCGUACCUGAUGAUAUGAAAGGCAAAGACAAGAUUGUAUUUGGAAACAUUCACCAGAUUUAUGACUGGCACAGAGACUUCUUUUUAGGAGAGUUGGAGAAGUGCCUUGAAGAUCCAGAAAAGCUGGGAUCCCUGUUUGUAAAACAUGAGAGAAGGUUGCACAUGUACAUAGUUUACUGCCAAAACAAACCAAAGUCUGAGCACAUUGUCUCAGAAUACAUUGAUACGUUUUUUGAGGAUCUAAAGCAACGCCUGGGCCACAGACUUCAGCUCACGGACUUGCUAAUAAAACCUGUGCAGAGAAUUAUGAAAUACCAGCUGUUACUAAAGGACUUCCUCAAGUAUUCUAAAAAAGCUAAUCUUGACACAACAGAACUAGAGAAAGCUGUAGAGGUCAUGUGCAUAGUACCAAAACGGUGUAAUGACAUGAUGAAUGUUGGCCGCCUGCAAGGAUUUGAUGGUAAAAUUGUAGCCCAGGGUAAGCUCCUGCUCCAGGACACAUUCUUGGUUACAGACCAGGAUGCGGGACUUCUGCCACGCUGCAAGGAGAGACGGGUCUUCCUGUUUGAGCAGAUUGUCAUUUUCAGUGAGCUGCUAGAUAAAAAGAAAGGUUUCUCCAUGCCCGGAUUCUUGUUUAAAAACAGUAUCAAGGUGAGUUGCCUUUCCCUGGAGGAAAAUGUGGACAGCGAUCCAUGUAAAUUUGCACUAACAUCAAGAACGGGCGAUGUCACGGAGACCUUUAUUUUGCAUUCUGCCAGUCCGGGAGUCCGCCAGUUAUGGAUCCAUGAAAUUAACCAAAUUUUGGAAAACCAGCGCAACUUUUUAAAUGCCUUGACGUCCCCGAUCGAGUACCAGAGGAACCACAGCAGUGGUGGAGGCGGCGGCGGGAGCAGCAGCGGUAACAGCGGCGGCCCCAGCAGCUGUAGUGGCAUCCCCAGCUCCAGCCGUAGCCGACCAUCCCGGAUCCCCCAGCCUGUCAGACACCAUUCCCCAGUCCUGGUCUCCUCUGCAGCCUCGGCCCAAGCAGAGGCAGACAAGAUGUCAGGUAUGUCCAUCCACAAUCACUCCCUGCCACACUACACCACCUCCUUAGAAACUAGCCUGAGCCAGCCAGACAGGCACCCUCCCAGUGCAGAGCCGGAUGGUCCUCAGAGAGAAGCUGAACAGAUUCCCAAGAUGAAAGUUAUUGAAAGUCCCAGGAAGACAGCAGGAAACAUUUCUGGCUCAGCUGAUGGAGCCCAGAAAGACUCACGUGGAAUCUCAGAGGACAGCCGAACAAGAAACAGCAUAGGAUCACUGACGCUUGAGAAGCCAAGGCCAGGAGCCAUCUCUCCAAUGAACUCUCCUCUGUCCACAACUUUCCCUUCUCCUUUUGGCAAGGAAACCUUUCCACCCAGCAGCCCCCUGCAGAAGGGCUCCUUUUGGAGCUCCAUCCCAGCAUCCCCUGCCAGCCGCCCUGGCUCCUUCACUUUCCCUGGGGACAAUGACUCCCUCCAGCGGCAGGUCCACCGCCACUCUUCACACAGCAAGGACACAGACCGCAUGAGCACAUGCUCCUCGACCAGCGAGCAGUCAGUUCACUCCACCCAGAGUAAUGGGAGUGAAAGUAGCAGCAGUAGCAAUAUCUCCACCAUGCUGGUGACACACGAUUACACGGCAGUGAAGGAGGAUGAGAUAAAUGUCUACCAAGGAGAGGUCGUGCAGAUUCUAGCCAGCAACCAACAGAACAUGUUUUUGGUGUUCAGAGCCGCCACUGAUCAGUGCCCCGCAGCCGAGGGCUGGAUUCCCGGCUAUGUCUUGGGGCAUACCAGUGCAAUCAUCAUUGACAACCCUGAUGGAACCAUCAAGAAGUCAACAUCUUGGCACACAGCACUCCGAUUAAGGAAGAAAUCUGAGAAAAAAGAUAAAGACGGCAAAAGGGAAGGCAAGCUAGAAAAUGGUUAUCGCAAAUCCCGAGAAGGACUUGCCAACAAGGUUUCUGUAAAACUUCUCAACCCCAAUUAUAUUUAUGAUGUUCCCCCAGAGUUUAUAAUACCAUUGAGUGACGUAACAUGUGAGACAGGAGAGACCAUCGUGCUUAGGUGUAAAGUCUGUGGUCGCCCCAAGGCUUCAGUUACUUGGAAAGGUCCUGAUCAUAAUACACUGAGCAAUGACGGUCAUCACAGCAUUUCAUACAGUGACCUGGGAGAGGCGUCGCUGAAAAUCGUUGGCGUCACUGCAGAAGACGAUGGUAUCUACACGUGCAUAGCUGCAAACGACAUGGGUUCGGUUUCAUCCUCUGCCAGUCUACGAGUUUUAGGUCCUGGAAGUGAUGGGAUCAUGGUAAUCUGGAAAGACAACUUUGAUUCCCACUAUAGUGAAGUGGCUGAGCUUGGCAGGGGCAGAUUUUCUGUCGUUAAGAAGUGUGACCAGAAGGGAACCAAGCGAGCAGUAGCCACUAAGUUUGUGAAUAAGAAGUUGAUGAAGCGAGACCAGGUUACCCAUGAACUUGGAGUCAUGCAGAAUCUCCAGCAUCCCCAGCUCAUUGGCCUUCUCGAUACCUUUGAGACCUCCACCAACUACAUACUAGUGUUAGAAAUGGCUGACCAGGGUCGCCUUCUAGACUAUGUCGUGCGAUGGGGAAACCUCACAGAAGGGAAGAUCAGACUCUACCUGGGAGAGAUUCUGGAAGCUGUGCAGUAUCUUCAUAACUGCAGAAUAGCACAUUUGGACCUAAAGCCUGAAAAUAUUUUGGUGGACCAGAGUUCCACUAAGCCAACAAUAAAACUGGCUGACUUUGGAGAUGCAGUCCAGCUCAAUACCACAUAUUAUAUCCACCAGUUACUUGGAAACCCAGAGUUUGCAGCUCCUGAAAUUAUUCUUGGAAAUCCUGUUUCACUCACUUCAGAUGUUUGGAGCAUUGGAGUGCUCACUUAUGUCCUUCUUAGUGGCGUCUCUCCUUUUCUGGAUGAAAGUGUAGAGGAAACUUGCCUGAAUAUUUGCCGCUUAGACUUUAGUUUCCCAGAUGACUACUUCAAAGGAGUUAGCCAGAAGGCCAAAGAUUUUGUAUGCUUCCUACUUCAGGAUGACCCAGCUAAGCGUCCCUCGGCUGCACUGGCCCUCCAGGAGCAAUGGCUGCAGCUGGGGAAUAGCAAAAGUGCUGACAGCAUUGAUACAUCCAGACUGACUUCAUUCAUUGAGCGGCGAAAACACCAGAAUGAUGUUCGACCCAUCCGUAGCAUUAAAAACUUCUUACAGAGCAGGCUCUUGCCAAGAGUUUGA